CCAAGUUUUCAUUUUAUCCAAUAAAAAUGUAUCCUUGCCAGAUCGAUUGUUGUUGCUAGGAGACUGAAGCAUCCUCUGGCAAGGGCUGCACGCGCUCUGGUACAGAUGUAUUUGUUCCCUCUCUCUCUCUCUCUCUCUCUCUCUCUCUCGCAGUAUGACUCCACGGAGGGAUCAGGAGUAAGAGAAACUCGUCUCAAGUCCUCAAAUAGCUGCAAGAUUUGCGCACUUCGCAUUAUAAAUAAGGUUACUCUGGGGAUGUAGCUAUGUAUCAUGACCCAGCAGCUCUUUGGCUUGUCUGUUUCUUGUCAGAAGGUCUGAUGUCCAGACUCUGUGCUCUUCCAUGUAUGGUCCAGUGGAACUCUCCUUGACCAUUAGAUGGACUACAAACAGAUCCAGCAGUUACUGCGACCGCACCUCACAACUACCUUACCUUGACCCUUGACCUCAUAGCUUUAAACCCUCACCCCUGACCCAUACUCUUUACCUCUAACCCUUCACUCUUCCUAAUCCUUAACCUUACUCCCCCUCUCCUCUCCCCCCCUCCCUUCUUCCCUUCCUUCCUCUCAUCUCUUGUCCUUUCCUGUCCUCUCCUGUCCUGUCCUCUCCUCCCCUCUCCACCAUGUUAUCCCGUAUCACCACAGUCCUCUUAGCUGUUUUGUGUCGAUGUGUUCUGGUGUCUCUCGGGGUGGACCCCCCUCACCCCCGUCGGGAGAUCCGGAUCGAGGGAGACCUGGUCCUGGGGGGGCUGUUCCCGGUCCAUGAGAAGGGGGGAGGAAUAGAGGAGUGUGGGAGGGUGAACGAGGACAGGGGGAUCCAGAGGUUGGAGGCCAUGCUGUUUGCUAUAGACAGGAUCAACUCUGAUCCUACUCUACUGCCUGGAGUCAGUCUGGGAGUUCACAUACUGGACACCUGUUCUAGAGAUACGUACGCACUGGAACAGGCGCUGGAGUUUGUACGUGCGUCUCUGACCAAGGUGGACGAUACAGAGUUUAUCUGUCCUGAUGGAUCCUACGCUCUACAGGAAGACAGUCCCCUGGCAAUCGCUGGAGUUAUAGGAGGAUCCUAUAGCAGCGUGUCUAUACAGGUGGCCAACCUGCUCCGCCUCUUCCAGAUCCCUCAGAUCAGCUAUGCCUCCACCAGUGCCAAGCUCAGUGACAAGACGCGCUAUGACUACUUUGCCCGCACGGUGCCCCCUGACUUCUACCAGGCCAAAGCGAUGGCAGAGAUCCUGCGGCUGUUCAACUGGACCUACGUGUCCACGGUGGCAUCAGAGGGAGACUACGGAGAGACGGGGAUAGAGGCUUUCGAACAGGAAGCACGUAUGAGGAACAUCUGCAUCGCUACCUCUGAGAAGGUGGGGCGCUCUAACGCUAAGAAGUCAUAUGAGGCAGUGAUCAGGCAACUCCUCCAGAAGCCCAAUGCCCGCGUGGCAGUUCUCUUCCUGAGGAGUGAUGACGCUCGAGAACUCCUCUCUGCCGCCGCACGACUCAACACCACCUUCAUCUGGGUGGCCAGUGAUGGCUGGGGGGCACAGGAAAGCAUUGUCAAGGGCAACGAGGCCACGGCCGACGGGGCCAUCACCCUGGAACUGGCGGCCAAUCCCGUGCCGGCUUUCAACCGCUACUUCCUGUCUCUGGAUCCAAUCAACAACCGCCGCAACCCCUGGUACCGGGAAUUCUGGGAGCAGAAGUUCCAGUGCUCACUUGGUGGAGGAGGAGGUGGGGCAGGAGGAGUAGGGUCAGGGGGGAUGGUGUCUCUCUCCCUCCCUCCCUGUGAGAAGGGUGUGUCGGUGGAUGACAGUAACUUUGAGCCGGAGUCCAAGAUCAUGUUUGUGGUGAAUGCGGUAUACGCCAUGGCCCACGCCCUCCAUAAGAUGCAGAGAACAUUGUGUUCCAACACCACCAAGCUCUGUGACAGCAUGAAGGCUCUGGAUGGACGCAAGCUCUACAGAGACUACCUUCUCAACAUCAGCUUCACAGCUCCCUUCUCUCCUCUCGGCAGUGAGACUGUGGUGAAGUUUGAUCCCUAUGGCGACGGGAUGGGACGUUACAACAUCUUCAGUUACCAGCGCAACGCUGAUCGCUAUGGCUACGUGCCCAUCGGCGAGUGGGCGGAGACUCUGAGCCUGAGCAGUGACCUGAUUCGCUGGCCAAGGGAGGUGGUGCCCCCAUCCCAGUGCAGUGACCCAUGUGCCCGCAAUGAGAUGAAGAAGAUGCAGGCUGGAGAGUACUGUUGUUGGAUCUGUACGGCAUGUGAGGCUCAUGAGUACCUGGCUGAUGAGUUCACCUGUUCGCCCUGCGCCCCCGGCCAGUGGCCCAGUGAAGACCUCACUUUCUGCUACGACCUGCCCGAGGACUACAUCAUGUGGGAGGACGCCUGGGCCAUCGGACCCAUCAGCAUCGCCAUUGUCGGGUUCCUGUGUACAUCUCUGGUGUUCUGGGUGUUUGUGAGACACAACAACACGCCCCUGGUAAAGGCGUCAGGCAGAGAGUUGUGUUACAUUCUACUGCUGGGUGUCUUCAUGUCCUACUCCCUCACCUUCCUCUUCCUGGCCAAGCCCUCGCCUACUAUCUGCGCCAUGCGACGCCUCGGCCUCAGCACCUCAUUCGCUGUCUGCUACUCAGCCCUGCUCACUAAGACCAAUCGGAUCGCCCGGAUCUUCAGCGGGGUAAAGGAUGGGGGCGGGACCACAAGGCCACGCUUCAUAAGCCCCACCUCUCAGGUGUUUAUCUGUCUCAGUCUGAUAUCGGUCCAGUUAGUGAUGGUGUCUGUGUGGUUGCUGCUGGAGGUUCCUGGUACCAGGAGGUUUACGUUACCGGAGCGACGGCAGACAGUGAUCCUGAAGUGUAACGUCCGUGACUCCAGCAUGCUGCUGUCACUAGUAUAUGACGUGCUCCUGGUCAUCCUGUGUACCGUGUAUGCCUUCAAGACCAGGAAGUGUCCAGAGAACUUCAAUGAGGCUAAGUUCAUAGGAUUUACCAUGUACACAACCUGUAUCAUCUGGCUAGCCUUCCUGCCCAUAUUCUACGUCACAUCCAGUGACUACAGGGUCCAGACCACCACCAUGUGUAUCUCUGUCAGUCUCAGUGGUUUUGUGGUGCUGGGCUGUAUGUUCGCUCCCAAGGUCCACAUCAUCAUGUUCCAACCACAGAAGAACGUCACCAGUCUCCGCCUCAAUAUCAACCGCUUCAGUGUCAGUGGUCCUGCCACCACAUGCGCUUCACACGUGAGUGCCCAGUAUGUACCGACAGUGUGUAAUGGGAGAGAAAUUGUUGACUCCACCACUUCCUCUCUGUGACCCCACCCACUCACCUUUCUAUCCCCACCCCCCCAGAGACUUAGCCAAUAGGCACACAUUGUGCCCCCCUGUCCCCUCCUCCCACCACGUGGACUAGCACAGUACCAUUUCAUGUCUGUAGAAAGUGUGUAUUAUGAUUACAUUAUUUUCUAGUGCUGUACAUAUAAUGGAAUCGACAUUGUUGUAGACAUACAAAAGAACCAAAAAAACUUUGUAGGAGGAUUUUUUUUGAGGCUUUGUUUUUGAUAGCUUUGUUAAAAGGCUGUGUUCAUUUAUUUAUAACUGCGCUGGGUUGUGAUAGGAGUGUGUUGUGUAUGUGUGUUAGGGUUGUGAUAGGAGUGUGUCUGUGUUAGGGUUGUGAUAGGAGUGUGUUGUCUGCAAUACAUGCUGACAUCAUCGGCCACGUGCGUGCGUCUGCAUGUGCCAUUGUGCGCAUGUUGAUUUUGUACAUCCACACCAGACGCAAUCAGGACACGCAGGUUGAAAUAUCAAAACCAACUAUAUUAAUUUGGGGACAGGUCGAAACACACAUGAAACAUUCAUGGACAUUUAGCUAGCUAGCUGUUGGGACUGCUAGUUUGUCCUGGGAGAUGAACAUUGGGUUGAUAUUUUACCUGACAUGCAUAUGGUCUUCUAACUUUAACAUUUUGACCCGGAGUCAUACAAAAUCUUGUUUCUCUACUCCGACGAUUAAUCCACAGAUAAAAAAUGGAAACCUACUUAGUUAUGUUAUCUUUAAUUCUCUCCUCCUGUGUUUGUAAAUCUUCCUGAUGUUCAAUAAGGAUAUCAGUCCGUGGAGCGUCUCAAAUAGAACCAAGAUCUAUUUUAGCGUGUGGCUAUGCAGACGCUCGUUCAAGCGCGAGAGCGGUGUUUAUGAAAUGAUUGAAUAAUAUAUACUGUAUGUGUCCAUUUAUUUUGCAACGCUCGUGCACACAAUGUGGCCUGUGAGGUUGGCGUGUUAGAGUUGUGAUAGGAGUGUGUGUGUGUGUGUGUGUGUGUUAGGGGUGUCUGAAAACAGAUGUUCUGUACGAGUAGUGGCUGCAACAGCCUCACCUGCAAUAGGCCACAGACUUUCUACUCUUGUGCUUUUUUGUAGGUCUCAUUGUAAUAACCCAGUCAGUAUGCAUUUGUAUGUUGUAUCUGUAUAUUUGUAUAUAAUAUUACUGAUGGUUGGAACAGCACAAUGUUGACAGUAUUAUGAAACUCCAGGAGGAUUCCCACUACUGUGAACUGACUGUGGAUGAAGCUCUGUGUGUUGACUAGCCCAUAGGAAUAGAAUGGCUGGAACGGACAUAGUCUCCAAAAUGUAUAUAGUAUGUUGAAUCACACAUUUGCCCUUAUUAUAGCAGAAUAGUAUCAAAUAUGUAUUAAACUUUCCCAAUAUGGCAGCCAGUCCACCCAAUAUGGACCAUGGUUUUGAACUGGAAUCCUUCUACUCAUUCUAAUUCCAUGGAACAGCCACUGUAUAGGAGGGUCCCUUUACCUUGAUGGCCAUAGUAACAGACGUCUACAACACAACAAGGUUUCUAUUUAACUGGUAUUUUCGCAUCAAAGUUAGCAUCAGUGUGACAACACAAGGUAGUUAAUUAAAAGCGACUCUUUCCAAGUCUUAACUGUCAAUAUUAAAGAAACAUUGUCGAUGCAAUGCCACAAUCAUAAACUCAGUCACUGAUGUUUAAUUUAGCAUUUACAGACAUUCUUUGAAAUCAUUCCACGAGCACGGUUUGUAGAAAAGACUUUGCUGUGAACAAGUCUAGUUGAACACACAUCUUCCCUGCAUCCUUUAAACCAAUGGGUAGUGCGCUCUCCCAUGUCAAUGUGUCCUGUAGUCAUGUGAUGUUCUAUUAACUGCUAUGCGCUGUGUGUCUGCUAGGCUUAUGCUCCAGGUAGAGGCUGUCCUUAUAGGCAUAGAUCUAGGAUCCGUUUACAGUCCACCAAUCCUAACCUUAACCAAUAGGGGUAAAGAUGUCAAACUGACCUUAGAGCAGUGUCUGUGGUUAUAGUCAUCCGACUCCCAGUGUUACUAUAGCCUCCCCUGGUCUCAUUGUGUAUAUAAGAGCAGGUGGGAGGAAAUCCAUCUCAAAUGGAUUCCUAUCCUGGUCGCCUCGUCUUCUUUCCUUCAUCCCACUUUUCCGUAAUGUGAAACAUUAAGGAAGUGGAGUCCAGGAGAAUGAGGCCACACCCGUCUCUGCUAACAGGAUUUCCUUGGGUGUGAUAACCGGUGUUACACCUCUGACGCAGUGCACCUGUCAAACAUUUCCCCAAAGGCUUAGCAAUGGUGAAAGACAGACACAAAGAAAGAGGGAGAGAGAGCGUUUCUGUGAUUGAGUGAACCUAAAGAAGUUUGUGUGUGUGUUGCAGCAGGCAGAGAGGACCUGGAUUAUGUAAAAGCAUCCCAUGGCCCAGGAGGCAGAGCAGCAUUGUUCAGCCCAGACACACACUAACAUACACACAGCUCAGAGAUUGGGAGGCUUUGUUGUCCCUAGGCUUAUGCAUUCACUCCCCAGCCUUGCACCCACCAGAUACUAGACCCUCCUAUUCCCUCACCGCAUUGCACAUCGCUAUGGCAAACCACUGCAACAUCCACUUUCACAGUUCCUUUUGUUCUGAUAGAGUGGGAUGGGGGAGUCAAGCAUGAACAACAGAGGUGAGGGAUGUUGAUUCACACAAGUUCAAAUCAAACUUUAUUUGUCACAUGCGCUGAAUACAACAAGUGCACAGUAGACCUUACCGUGAAAUGCUUACUCACAAGCCCUUAACCAACAGUGCAGUUCAAGAAGAGUUAAGAAAAUAUUUCCCAAAUAAACUAAAGUAAAAAAUAAUAAAAACACAAUAACAUACCAAUAAUGAGGGUCUAUAGGGGGUAGACUUGGUGCUCCGGUACCACUUGCCGUGCGGUAGCAGAGAAAACAGUGUGACUUGGGUGACUGGAGUCUCUGACAAUUUUAUGGGCUUUCCUCUGACACCGCCUAUUAUAUAGGUCCAGGAUUGCAGGAAGCUUGGCCACAGUGAUGUACUGGGCCGUACGCACUACCCUCUGUAGCGCCUUACGGUCAGAUGUCAAGCAGUUGCCAUACCAGGCGGUGAUGCAACCGGUCAGGAUGCUCUUGAUGGUGCAGCUGUAGAACUUUGAGGAUCUGGGGACACAUGCCAAAUCUUUUCAGUCUCCUGAGGGGGAAAAGGUUUUGUCGUGCCCUCUUCAUGACUGUCUUGGUGUGAUUGGACCAUGAUAGAUCGUUGGUGAUGUGGACACCAAGGAACUUGAAACUCACGACCUGCUCCACUACAGCCCCGUUGAUGUUAAUGGGAGCCUGUUCAGCCCACUUUUUCCAUCAGCUCCUUUGUCUUGCUCACAUUGAGGAAGAGGUUGUUGUCCUGGCACCACACUGCCAGGUCUCUGACCUCCUUCCUAUAGACUGUCUCAUCGUUGUCAGUGAUCAGGCCUACCACUCUGGUGUCGUCAGCAAACUUAAUGAUGGUGUUGGAGUCGUGUUCGGCCACGCAGUCGUGGGUGAACAGGGAGUACAGGAGGAGAUUAAGUACACACCCGAGGAUCAGCGUGGCAGA